AUGGUAGCACAUAAUGUAUUAGAAUCAGAUGUAGGUCUAUUUCUAAUUCAAUGUUUAUUGAUUAUUAUAUUAUCAAGAAUAUUGUCAUGGUUGUUUGCCAAGAUUCAACAACCACCGGUGAUUGCAGAGAUUAUAUCUGGUAUUUUAUUGGGGCCUACAGCGUUUGGAAAAAUACCUGGAUUCACAACGACGCUGUUUCCACCGGCUUCAACUAGAAUAUUAAAUGUUUUUGCACAGAUUGGUCUAUUGUUUUUCAUGUUUAUCAUUGGUUUGGAAUUGGAUCCAUCACUCUUUAGAUCACAAAUCAAACAAUCUUUGAUCAUUAGUUUUGUUAGUAUCGUUUUCCCAUUUGGUUUGGGUCUUGCUGCAAGUAUCUAUUUGGCCGAUAUCCAAGGUACUGCUUGGACCUAUUCUUUUGGUAUUUUCAUUGGUGUUGCACUUUGUAUCACUGCUUUCCCUGUUUUAGCUCGUAUUUUAGCUUCUAAAAAAUUAUUAUCUACUCCUAUUGGAGGAUUAGCAAUUGCAUGUGCAGCAAUUAAUGAUAUUUGUGGAUGGGUAUUAUUGGGAUUAUCAGUUAGUUUGGCAGGAGAGUCUGGUAGUUUGGAUACAUUGUGGACAUUGUUGGCAGCAGCUGGAUUUGUGGCCAUUAUGUUGUUGGUCAUCAGACCAUUACUUUCAUGGGCAGUUGCAAAGGUUUGGAAGGUUGACGAGAAUGCAGCUCAUCCACCAUCUCCAUCACAUUUGGUGAUGAGUAGUACUGUAGUAUUACUCUUUAUUGCUAGUUGGUUGACCGAGAUUAUUGGCAUUCACGCCAUGUUUGGUGCUUUUACACUUGGUACAAUCACACCAAAGAUUGGUGGCUUCAAUCAAGCCAUCACUGAAAAGAUCGAGGAUUUGGUGUUGGUGUUCCUCUUGCCACUCUAUUUUGUGGUCAGUGGUCUUCGUACUGAUUUGACUACACUCAAUACUGGUGAGCCGUGGUUGGGUGUCUUGUUGAUUGUCAGUUGCGCCUGUUUUGGAAAGAUUGUUGGGUCGGGUGUCAUUGCCAAGAUUCUUGGCAAGAGCACACGUGACGCGCUCAGCUUGGGUAUCCUCAUGAACACGCGUGGUUUGGUCGAGUUGAUUGUACUCAAUCUCGGUCUUGACUUUGGUCUCAUUCACACCAAUGUCUUUGGUAUCAUGGUCUUGAUGGCCGUCUUUACCACCAUCAUGACGUCUCCCUUGAUCAGUCUCAUGGUCAAGCGUGAGAAACCCAGUGGAUCCAACGGCGAGCAAUUUACAGUCGUCCUCUGCACACCCUCCCUCUCACUCGGUCCCUCCAUGGUUGACUUGGGGUACACCAUUGGCAACCGUGUCUCUGUCUCUGCUAUCCGCAGAAAGAAGCUUAAAAAGAUCUAUUUCCUCUCUAUUUCCGAAGUCAACGAUCGUCCAUCAGACUUUAUCGGACAGAUUAGAAAAGAUAUUUCACGUGCUUCUUUCCAACCACUCAUUCAACAAGGUGCACAAAUGAAGAUGAAGGUUGUAUUUAAUAGCAUUGUUUCAGACAAUGACCAUCUCACCAAAGAGGUUGUACAGUUUACAGAAUUAAAAAAUGCCAGUAUGCUCAUUAUUGGCGAGGACAACUUCCACGGACGUGGCGGUAUGAUUGGCAAAGACACCAUGUGGAGCUUGAUCAAGACCAGCACCACUCAUGUCGGUGUCUUUACCGACAAGUCUGGUGUCAGAGGAACCGUCCAUCGAUUCAAGCGUAUCCUCAUCGCCUACCUCGGCGGCAAGAAUCCAAACGACUAUCAAACGCUCGAGUUGGCCAAUCGUAUGGCCGAGACGGACGGCGUCGUUGUCACCAUCGUUGUCUUUGACAAUGAAUUCUAUUGGAAGAACAAGAGAAAAUUAAUUCAAGAUAAACGUGAUAGUCUACUACUCGAAAAACAAGCUCAAGAAAAAGAAUUUGCAGAAUUAACAAAAUCUCCAGAUGGUGUUGAUAAUAGUAAUAAUAUUAAUAGUAAUAAUAAUAAUAAUAAUAAUAAUAAUAGUUUAAAUAAUAGUCAAGAUCCAAAUAAUAAUAAUAAUAACAUUAGUCAAGAGAAUGGAUUAAAAAAGAGUACAAGUAUUAACAAGAGUGGAGCUGUGUUGGCUCCACAACCACCAUCGGCAGCCAAUGUAAUGGCAAAUUCAGUAAUGUCAGAGAGUGGAUCGACCAAUCUAUCAAAGACUACCGAGAUCUAUGAUCCAUUAAAGAUUCAACAAUACGAAUCACAUUUCGAACGUGUAAUAUAUGGUAAAAACAGUAGCAAGAUUACAGUGGUUUACAAACCAAAGAAACAACGUCAAACCUUCCUCUUGGAGAAAUGUAUCGAUUUUGACCUCAUGGUCCUCCCCUACGAACAAAAGAAACAGGAUACGGGUGUCUCCCCAUUCCCAUCGUUCCAAUUACCCGGUAUGGAUUUGAUGAAGAGAUCGCUUUCAAUGGUCCAUCUCCCAGGACGUAAACUAUCGGAAAGUCAUCAUCAAAAGUUUGAUGAAGAGAUGCAGGUUUUCGAUAACCCCGACAAUAUCAAUAUUGCCAUUCCACAAGGUGCCAAACAAUCCACCUCUAAUCUUAAUCAUCCACAACUCCUUCCAAUGGAAACUAUUAUCGAAGAUAUGGUUCAUCGUACCGUUAGUGAUCUCAAUGACUCGUCUGACAGUUCACUCAGUAAUCCAGGAGCAGCAGCCCUUGAAGAGGCAUAUUGGGUCAAAUGUCCCAUCUCUACUUUGGUCGUCUACCACAAAGAUACCAUUCCAACGCAUCCAAGUGAAUUAAAUAGUCAACAACAACAACAAGAUGAUGAUGAUUUCCAAGAUGAUGUUAAACAAAUUGAUCCUACCAAUCCAGUUGGUGAUUCAACUCCUAUUGAUCAUGGUAAAAUCGAAUAA